AUGAAGCAGACACUGGCCAGAGGAGAGCUGAGCGAUGUGCGGUUCACAGUCGGACGUCAAUUCGGGCACGAAAAGACGAUCCCGGCACACAAGUUCGUCUUGAGUAUCCGCAGUACAGUGUUCCGCACGAUGUUUUACGGCAGUCUGCCGGAGCAGUGUCAUGAUGUUAUCGACAUUCCCGAUAUCCAUCCAGACGCGUUUACCAAUAUGCUCAGUUACAUGUACACCGAUGCUGUGCAGCGUCUCAACGUGGAUAACGCGUUCCACACGAUGGUCUGCGCUGACAAGUACGAUCUGCCGCGGCUAAUUAAAGUCUGCUCCGAAAUUGCGCUUCAGGUAGUCGACUGCGGUGGCGAGGAUAUUGUUAAAGAGUGUCUGGAAUGGGUGGAUACGCACAGCGAUGUCCUACUGCAAUCGGAACAGUUCACGGCCAUCUCACGAGAAACACUGCAGGCCGUACUGCGCCGCAACACCCUUACGGCUGAGGAGCAUGACAUUUACCUGGCUGUUGAACGGUGGGCAGUGGCGGCCUGCGCCGUUAGCGGAAUGGAUUCUGCAUACGCUAAUCGGCGUCAGGUCCUGGAUACCGCAUUGUACCUCGUCCGGUUUCCCUUGCUGACCAACGCUCAACUGGCUAACGGUCCUGGCAAGAGCGGCUUGCUGAGCCGAGUCGAAAUCUUCAGCAUCUUCAUGUACCGCAAUGCUACCGCCAAGCCGUCGCUGCAGUUUCCCACGGAACCACGAACCGGCACGUUCAAGGAGAGAGAACAAAUUUUUGUGCAUCAUCACAUAGCACGCCGCUGGGACCCAGCGACAGUUACGGAGAUUCAUCCACAGUACCUGGUGGUGCGGUGGUGCAGCGGCCAAAAGGCUUGUCGCGUGACACCCGGCAAGGUGAUUCGCUCCAAGGACACUAUGAAAUGUGGCCAGGAUGUCAUGGCUCUCCGGUUGAACAAAUACGAGGCCGCAACAACAGAUGGUUUUGUCAUGGAAGACGAGCCACGCGAAAUGAGCUCGAGUCGCACGUGUUAG